AUGAGCGCCUACGGCCGUCCGGCGCUGUUGCGAUUGGUGUCUAUAUCACGGAGCGUGCAGGAAGUUGUAGUUCGUCAAAACGCUCACCGGGCGUCUCUUGGCAAGAUCGGACGCUCACAGUAUCUUCUCAAGUAUCCGGUGCGGCUCAUCCGGCCCGAUGGUUCUACAAUCCAAGUUCGUGCCGACGAGCCAAGAGAGACAGUUCAACUUGCCAUCGAUUUGAAGACGUUGACGGAUGAUGAGAGGCGUCAACGGCUCGCCGCGCGUAAACCGAAAGCGAAGAAAAUCAGAAAAGAGGUUAUCGACGACAAUUUCGAUUCAAAUGAGUACAUGAAGUACUGGGCACAACCUGAACCGGAGACGGCCACAAAACUCGCAGCCGCAGACAAAGCCGCACCGAAGCAGGCAUUGGCGGACAAGGCACCGGAGAAAAGGAAGGACAACAAGAAGAAAAAUAGAUGGCCCCAAAGUACAGCAUACUGCUGCCAACUUACAACGAAAAAGAGAACCUUCCGAUUUGCCUAUAUC